AUGGCACCAAAGACCCUUCUUGUUACUCUAGCCCUCGCUUCAGGUGCCCUGUCUGCCGUCACCGGUACCUUCGCCAGGUAUUUAGGCGGUAACUGCAGCGUCCUCGCUGGCACCAAUACCAUCGUUGAAAACUCCUGCUUCAAUAUCGAGGGUUUUCCCUAUACCGGCUUUGCCGGAGCUGUGGUAUCCGGUGCAUGCGAGGAUGCUUCCAAAACUCCGACUCUCAACCUAUACCUGGACCCAGGGUGCGAGACCAACUUCUUCACUUCGUUUACCAUGGGGGCCGAGGAGCAGUGUGUUACUGAGGCGGGGUCUGUCCAGAGCGCCACUCUCGUCUGCGCUUAG